AUGAAGCAAACACCUAUAGACCCGAUACUAACGCAGGUGUUCACAGGGCAUGGCGGAUUCUCCGAAUACUUGCAUAGAUUCAAGUGUAAGGAGAGUCCGGCAUGCAUCUACAAUCCAACGGAAAGACACGACCCAGUUCUACACCCCGGAGUGACCACCAGGAUAUACACUGACGGUAGUAAGCAGGAUGGUCGGGUGGGCGCCGCCUUAGUCAUAUACUCUCCGAAUAACGACACGAAGGUUAAGAAAUAUAAACUUCACGACACCUGCUCUGUAUACCAGGCGGAACUGCUGGCUAUCGCUGAAGCCUGCAGCUGGAUAGACCAACAUCACAUACCUGACACAACAAUCUUCACUGACUCCAUGAGCGCCACCCAGGAAAUAUCUAACCCUAACAGCACCAACCCUUUCGUGGUUCAUAUCCACAAAAUGUACCGUCAAGCCAUUAAACACAGUAGGAAAAUCACUUUUGUGUGGGUCAAAGCCCACGUAGGCAUUGACGGCAAUGAAGCGGCGGAUGUCGCUGCGAAAGCGGCAGCCCACUCACAUGCAGCCUACAAACAUACACAAUUCCCCAUAAGUCUUAUACGGUACAUGGCCAAACAGAACAGUCGCCUCGAAAGUGACACAACAUAUGCAACUGGCGAAAAAGGCCAGUAUACACGAAACCUACUACCGAACACUGACGCUAUCAACAAGCUGCGCGCGGCCAUUGAGAUUGAUUUCCCGUGGACCCAAGUCCUCACUGGCCACGGGUACUGCCGUCAAUAUUUACACAGAUUCAAAAUCAGUGACACGGACAAAUGCCCGUGCGACCCACACUACCCAAACUUUUGCACACCUUAUACAAAAAUGCCCCCGCUUCGCCGCUUCCAGGCAUAA